AUGUCUUCGAAAUCACAUUUAAAACUAAAAGAUUAUCUGUCUGAAGAUGGCAAACUUGAUUUAUCCAUUCUUAAUUCAAAAGCAGUUCCUAAUAUCAAUGAUAUUUUGGCUUUAUGUAAAGAUGAUUUUAUUAAACUUGAGGGUAUUCAUACACUUGAUUUAUCAAAAAAUCGUCUCACAAAAUUACCUGAAAAUUUUGGUCAAUUAAAAUCUUUAAAACAACUCGAUUUAUUCGAUAAUCAUAUUACAAAUUUACCACUUUCUUUUUGUGAAUUAACAAAAUUAGAAUAUUUAGAUUUAAAAAAUAAUCCUCUUGAUGAUGAUUUACAAAAUCAAGCUAGUAAAUGUUUAAAUAAAAAAGAAUGUCGAUUAUGUGCUGAAAAAGUUCUACAAUAUAUUGAAACACGUAAAGCAGAAUAUGAAAAAGAAUAA